CUCAGAAAAUAUAACCACAUGGAAUUCUCUAACACUUCUUAGAGAAUCCAUGGCCCGGAAUAUUGCCCCUUCUUCCUCUCUCCCAACAGCUCCCAGGAUUCAGGCUCCAGAGAGGUUUCAAGUAAAGAACCAUACACUAGUCCUAGUAAAGCCCACAAGCUCAGAGAAGAAAUUACCUCCUUGUAAAGUAGCACGAUCAGAAGGUGUUACCGAUGAUCCGAGUCUAACAGGGUCUUCUGCACGCACUCAGCUGGAUCUCUUGGAACAACUGACAUCUUCCACAUCCCCUGGCAGCAGUUAUGAGAGUGAUGGUGACACUCGCAAGCCUACAAUUUGUGAACAACUUGAUGAACUGGUUGGAGACCGGGAAGGUGAUUUCAGCCUUCCACUAGGUAAAAGGUUGCAAGCAAGUAGGAAUUCCUUGACCAUUUCACAGAGAAGAAACAUCAAGCGACAGGCCUACCUGAAUGAAGUAGCUCGCAGAAAUGAUUCCAUUUUCUUUGCAACAAUUGGAGCAUUUGUGAUUCUCCCGCCUGUAGUCAUAUUGUCGAUUGCUAUAUUCACCGGUUAUAGUGUUGCAAAGAUGGAAGCCUUUUGCUGGUGGCAGGAGUCACCAGAUAGAAAGAUGUCCUUUUGGUUCCUGAUCUCAUUCCAGCUGCAUCCAGAUAAACUUUAGAUGCCUUUUCUUGCUUCGUUGCUGCUCUUAAUUUUGCCAUGCCUUCCCAUUCUAGCCGCUGCAAAAGAAUCAACCUGUACAAUAUAAGCACAAGAAUUAUCUGGUUCCAAAUGAAAGAUUUGAUCUGCUGCUCUUCUACCAACCCACCAAUCGACCAAUAAUUGAGUGCCACGAGUUCUUGAAUCGAGAUGCAUUGAGAGCAGUUAAAUUCAUUAAGGAGGACAGUUAUAGACCCACACAAUUUUAAGACAUGUUGCAGAUCAAUUACAGCUCGUCCUGCACGUCCAAGUAGUUAUUGCAUGUUUGAUGGUUACGACGUACCUCUUCUUUAUGGAUAUCAGCUCUAUUAUACCCACACUUUUAUAUAUACAGGAUCCGAAGGAUUUUUAGGUAUGUUUUUUCUCUCCUAUUGUACUCAACUUAGCUUGCACAUUUUCCAUGCACUUUGCAAGCUCCAAGUAAUGCUCCCACACAGCUGCAUCCGGUUCUAUUGGAAUGUUUAUGAUAAUAAAUUCGGCAUCAUUAAAAUAGCCAGCUUGUCCAAAAAUGUCUAUCAUACAAGCUCCCUGGAGGGACAUAUACCAUUAUUUUUCUCUGUAGAAUCAAACAAUUUCUGAUCUUCAGCAUCCUCUCCCAGACAACUGCAAGCUGAGAAUUAUAAAUGUGACGUUAAUCAUUAUUUACCUGAACUCCUGAUCUUUGCAUUUUCUCAUAGAAAUCCGGGACUCCACUUCCUUGUCCAUUCUGUGAAUAGCCUGUUAACAAUGCAUUCCAAGAUGUCAUGUCACAGUUAGUCAUGCUGUCAAAAAUCAUUUCUGCUUCACUAAGAGCUAAACAUUUCCCAUAUACAGUGAUCAAUACAUUCCCCACUGCCAAAUCUGAUAUCAACCCUCUUUGGACAGUUCUGCUAAGGAUUGCUCUGGCCUGUUCUAGAUCUCUAAUGACAGCACAGGCACUUAAAGCAUGAUUAUAAUAGAAUUUAUCAGGUGCUGAUCUCGGAUUGCCCUAUCUCAUAAAAGAAUUAUAGUGCAUGUAGGUUGCUCAUCCCAUUUACUGCAUUGCAUUCAACAUGUCUGCUCUCUUGAAGGUAUCCAAGCACCAUUUUGUUCCAAGAUAUCAGGAUUUUCUGUGGCAUUCUGAUCAAAAAUCUUUGAGCCUCGCCUGCAUUAUUAUUAGAAGCAUAAGCAGCCACAAUUACUGUCCGUAAGACCACAUCAUGCCAAGGUGUCGUGUCAAAGAUUAGACGAGCAUCUCCAACAUUUCCUUGCUCCCCGUACACAGUAAUCAAAGAAUUUCCUAUUGAAGCAUCUGAUUGUAAGCCCAUUUUUAUAACAUACAUAGGAAAUGUUAUACCACUUCUUAUAUACUGGGGAUUUGAGCACCCAUUAAGGAGGCUUGUAUGUGUGAAGCAGCUGGGUUUCAUGUUAUCCUUGAUCACAUCAAUGAAAAGAACAAAUGCUCUAACUUGCAUUGCCUUCUGCACAAGCCAGCAAUCAUAACAUUCCGUGAAAUCACUCUCUCUGGCAUUCCAUUAAAAAUCCUCUCAGCCUCUGUAAUGUACCCAUUCUGAGCAUAUCCUGCCAGUAAGAUCGACCAUGAGACUGUGUUAUGCUCUGAAAUUUCACCAAUAACUUUCUGAACAUCUAAAAGCUCACCACAUUUGGCAUAUAUUGUCAUCAAAGCACAUCCGACAUCAACAAUCGUAAUCCAUGCUGAUUUCUGAAGGCAACUAUGAACCCCCUUACUAUUGUCCAGUAACUGCAGGUUUGCAUGUUUUUGGAACUGCAAGACAUGUGUGACUUAUUAGGAACCUCACCAUGUUUUCUCAUCUAACAGAACAAUUCAAAUGCCACUUCAUCGUAUCCUUCUCUCUGAUUGAGUACCAAGAAAUCAUGCUUCCGCAUGACAUCAUAUUGAACAAAUCCAUGGCCUUCUCCAAACUACCAUUCAUUGCAUAGCCUGAAACCAUGACCGUCCACGUGGAAACACCUCUAUCUGGCAUGCAGCUAAACACCUUCUCGGCAUCACCCAUGCUUUCGCACCUGAAAUAAAGAUUGACCAGCGAAUUGCUCACCGCGACAUCUACGGCUAGAUUUUUGUUUUUCUUCAUUCUGAAAUCAUGUAUAUGUUUCCCUUCAUCCGAUGCAUUGAGGUUGGCAGAGACUGAAAGCAUUCGUGAGUGCGUGACGCAAGUGGAUCGAAACCAGAUGUCUGGAACUGCCUAAAAAGCUGUAAAUCUUCUGAAUAAUAGCCGUUAAGGGUAUAUACCCAACAAUCAUGGCAUUCAAGCCUCCGUUGGUUUUUGAUGCCAUUAAAGCCUUCCGGGCUUUGGCAAUUUGUCCUGCUCUACAGAAUGCCGUAAUCGCGGCUCCUGUGGUGGUUGGGUUAGGGUGGGGCAUUUCAUCGAGAAAGUCUACGGCAUUGGCCGGAGAAACGUCUGAAGGAUGGGGUCAAAGCCGAGCGAGGUCUUGAUGAGGUUGGCCUGUGCGGAUGCAUUUGAGCAGCAGAGCGGGAGCUGACGAGUCCGAGGUUUCUCGAUGCUUCCUCACCAUUGCAGUUAGGCAUGUCCUGCCUGAGAUUUUUGAUCGACCUACAUUGACCUGAUCCAAAUCACUCAUGAGCAGGCUGAGAAUGAGUUUAUGAGGAGCCAAACCAGAACAAGGGUGGAUAGCAUAUCUAAAAGAAAAUCUCGGCUCGGCUUGCUAAAAACUCGGCUUAAAACUUACAUGAGCUGAUCUAGAUAUGAUGCCUCGUGCUUUCUUUUUCCCUUUUUUUUUUUUUUUUUGAUGUAAAUGUGAAAUUGAAACGUGACGAAGAUUUUCUUC